CGAAGUUAGUGUCAGUGGCAAAGCCACGAGUCUCCGACUCAAGACACAAUUUCACAAUAUACCUCCCAGAAGAUUAAAUGACGAUGUUUCCAAAAAUAGUGGAGCUGGUAAGAUUAAGAAAUAA